AUGCGUUACGCCUGGGUAUUGAACGAGACAAUGCUCUUUCAAUAUGCCAAAGACUAUGACAUGUUUGUUAUGUGCGCAUCGUUGAAGUUGUCCGUCAACCGUUCUCGCCGAUUACCGAAGGCUACCAACUUGGACCCCAACGACAUGGUUGCGUGUUUCUGGCUGAUGAAAAGUGGGGUUACACGGAUCAUCGUCGAAGACUUGAACUUGCCCUGGCCGACUGAGUUCUUUGCCGUCAAACGAAUGGCGAGCGGAGGGGGUCUGCGUGUUGUCUCGCUUUUCCAAAGCGACUUCCCCUGA